AUGAAUAGACCCACGAUUACAGAGAUUUUUGCUGAACGUAAAGCCAACAAUACAGCGGCUUUUAUUGCUUUUGUCCCAUGUGGCUUUAAGACCAAGGAUGAUACAGUAGAUAUUAUGCUGGGACUGCAGCGUGGAGGUGCUAAUAUCAUUGAGGUUGGCAUCCCGUACUCGGAUCCACAGGCUGAUGGUCCGACCAUUCAGCGUGCUCACCAGGUGGGGGUGGACCAGGGCAUUACGUUGGACGAUGUUCUGGCCACUGUGAGGAAGGCACGCAGCAUGGGCCUUACUACUCCAGUGGUACUCAUGGGGUAUUACAACAAUAUUCUGCAAUACGGCGAGGACAGGAUAUGCAUUGAUGCCAAGAAAGCUGGUGUGGACGGAUUCAUUGUUGUGGACCUGCCGCCUGAGGAAGCCAAAUCGCUUAGUGAUGAUGCUGCGAAUCACGGUCUUGCCUACAUUCCUCUUGUGUCGCCUACAACGACAGAAAAGCGUAUGAAGCUUAUCGCCUCAGUCGCACAUGGCUUUGUGUACUGUGUGAGUCUUACUGGCGUCACUGGUGCUCGUAGUGAGCUACCACAAAACCUUAACACGUUCAUGUCCAAAAUCCGUGCAAAUGUGAAGCAUCCGUUAGCGCUGGGUUUUGGUCUGUCUACCCACGAACACUUUGUGCAAGCCAGUGCAAUUGCGGAUGGUGUUGUAAUUGGCUCGAAGAUUGUUGAGGUUAUUGAGAAGUCUGUUGACGCGGCUUCUCGUGCUGCCGACGUCGAAGCGUUCGCUAAGAGCAUUGUGAAUUCCGUAGACUAG